AUGAAAGUGAAAAGAAGGAUAUUGAGAAUGCAAUCAUAAAUUUUCAAUCCAAUUUUUUGUAAAUAAAAAUUGAUGAAAAUUGCAAUCAAGUAAUUAUCAACUACAAAUCUUAGGAGGCAAUUAGUGGACUUUAGAUCAACGAAAAAGUUGCAGUAUUUUUAUUUAUGUUUUCGACUUCUAGCAUGUCCUAAAUUUCUUUUAGUGAUAGAUACGAAAAAAGCUGUAAUUCUGAGAAAAACCUCUUUUUGA